AUGGCGUCGAGGCCGCGGCGGCCUUCACCCUUUUCCGCGGUGGCAUCGGCGAUGGUUCAAUGUUGAGUGGCCGUGAAUUCGGCAUUAUUCGGUACGCGACCUGAAUCUAUCCAGCGGGUCGCGACGCGGUUGCCAAGCAAAGCGGAGGAAGAGCGACCCCCGGUCCUCCGCUCACGACGACAACCCAACGAGAACACAGAUGGCAGACAAGGAUAACGAUGCCGUCCACGAUGUAUUCCGCAGCGAGAACUUGUGGACACCAUCCACUUUCUUCCAAGAUCCGACGACAUGCGAACCCUCGCUCUUUGAACCCCUGCAGCUUGAUGUUUCCGCGAUAAAGCUGAAUCACCCUUACGCACCCAAGCGCCACCUGGACCACGAACUGCAGCUACCGCAUCUAGACAAUUUCGAGUUUGGGCCCCUUCCAGACGUUGAGAGUCUCGACAUUUCGCUUUCGGUCGCAAGCCCUGAACCGGGAGAAAGAGGGGCGGAUUUGUGGCAUGAUGCGUUGGACACGGACACGAUAGGGAACAAGACGCUGUUUUCUACGUGGGAGGCGUUCGAUCAUACCGAUCAGGAGCGUUACGAGCCGGUUUACAUUACAGAGGCCGGAUCCGCGGCUUUUGAUGCGGCGCGAACCGUGGACGCCAAUCGUACUGUGGAGAGGGUACUUCAACGGUCCGUUUUCUUGGACUCUUUGUGGAAUCUAGGUUUCGGUCGCUCCUCAGCUCUGUUUGUGUGGGACCGCAAAGCGCGGACCUUUGUUCAGACUACGGCUGACGGCCUUCCCUCUGGCUUAAGCCCGGAGUGUGCCAACGGCAUCGUCAACUUCUUCGUCCUGCUCGGGAAUACAGUCAAGUAUCUACGGACGUUUGCGGAUCAAACUUUCGCAUCGCCAGACUCUAUCCCCGCAACAGUGGCACUGGCGACAUCCGUCUCAAGCAUUCUCUGCACCGUCGAGGAACACUUGGGGCUGCAUUCAAACGCUGUCGAAUCGUUACUUCAACUGCAGAGCCUGUUCGCUGGAUCGAGCGAUGUUCUUCUCCACGUCGCGCGACUAGUGGACGCCGUGAAGCACUCGAACAGCAACGAACAAUUGACCUCCAUCCUGUAUCAGCGUAUCUUGGAGGUUGAGGAAGAUGAGGUCCUGCGAACGCUAUCAUCGGCCAUUCUCUCCUGCGUAUCAGGGCCUACACUAGAGCUCAUUGAUGAGUGGAUUGGGACACGAAGGGAGCAGAUCGUUACUCCUAUUGCAAGCAAGUGGAAGUUCGUGGUCCUCGAAGGCGAUGCAGAUGAUCAAGGGCGGACAGAGUAUGCAUAUGACCCAGCUAUGAUGCCGUGCUUCAUAACAUCCGAAGAUGGAAAUAUGAUAUUCGAGACGGGUAAGAGCUUACGCUUCAUACGGUCCUACCACCCUCACCACCCUUUGGUAUCGCUUGAAGUCCAACCACCAAACCUGCAAUGGCGGUUUAAUUGGAAAGACAUCGAUAGCCUUGCGGCCGAAGCGCGUGCUUAUGAGAGAUCGCUGCGUUCUGCCAUUCGAAACUUUGAUUCCAAUCGUGCGGAUAAUAAAGAGUAUUUCGACCAGGGCGAGCGCUCCUCGCCCGUACAGACCACUCAAAUUCGAGCACCCGGAGACCUGGAUCCGUACUUGCAGGUUGAGCAGGCAGUCCGUAUUUGUGACGCGGCACCCGCCAAAACGAUGCCCGACGAGCUCCAGGCCGAAACCCUUGGAAUUCUCGCUGGCACAGCUCGAGACGACUCUGCUCAGAGUUUCUCCCCGCCGCUGUCGAUGACCUCGACCCUUUGUUUUCGUCCGCUGCUUGCUGCCCAAGCAAAACUGGUCAAUGCUACAGCCCUCCGCCUCUUGUUUCGACAACAUCAACUCCGAGCGCACCUGUCUCUGCAGAGGCAGUACCCGCUGCUCGGAAACGGCGUCUUCUCUUCCAGGCUUGCGUCCGCUCUGUUUGAUCCAGACCGUGAGACGGCGGAACGCCGCAAAGGGCUGGUGCGAAGCGGGGUGCACAUGGGUCUACAAGUCGGAUCUCGCAGUACCUGGCCGCCGGCAAGUUCAGAGCUUAGACUGGCGCUGAUGGGGGUGUUGAGCGACAGCUUCUUCUCCUCUGCUCUCCACCGUGAUACCAUGGCAAAGGCCGUCGAUGCGGACACAAUUGGCGAGACUCUAUGGAGAGAUGGAGAGGAGCUGCCUGGCCACCUGAACUUUGCGGUCCGCCAGCUGUCGGAAGACGAAAUGGAGAAGGUCAUGGAUCCCGAUUCUCUGUACGCGCUGGACUUUCUCAAACUACAGUAUGUGCCGCCGAACCCCGUCCAUCUCGUCAUUAGCACGAGCGCUCUCGAGAAGUACGACGUGAUCUUUGUGUUCAUGCUUAGGCUUCUGCGCAUGUUGUUCGUCAUCUCCCAUCUUCCACGCACAUACUCGACAGUGGAAGGGAGACGGCUUCGGAUGGAGGCGCACCAUUUCGUCAGCUGUGUCUCGUCGUAUGUGUUUGAGAGCGGCAUUGCCGAGCACUGGAAUGCCUUUGAUACGUACCUCACGACGAUGGAAGAACGUCUCGAAGAGGAAGAUGUGGCGGGCGAGCUGGGCAGGCGGGUCACAUGGGGCGUCGAGGAAGUUCGAAGGAGGCAUGAGCACUGUCUUGACAGCAUCCUGUUCUCGCUGCUUCUGCGGCGCCGGCAAAGGAAGGUCAUGGCGCUGAUGGAAGAGAUAUUUAAUCACAUUCUCCAAUUCUCUCGGCUGGUGCGUCAGGGCGAGAUGGGCCACAUGGCUCAGGUGAAGGAAGUGUACGCAACGGUAAAGGGGAAGAUGGGCGUCUUCAUCAGCGUGUGCAAGGGGUUGACGGGAAAGAGGGGCUAUGGAAAAGGGAAAGGAACGGGUGACGAAAAUAGCCUGGAGCGGUUGGUGGUGUUGCUUGAGAUGAACUCGUACUAUGCUGGCUGAUGAAGUUGGUGAUCCAUCCAUCGUUUUGGUCGUGUGCACACAUGCAUGAGUGGAGGCUCACAAACCUCCAACAUAUCGGAAUGGUCGGAGGGUACGGUUCCGCAGGUUCCGAGACAAUGUGGGUCCGUAGCCAGCCAAGAAUGACCUCAUCGGCGUCUGUGCCAAGGAGUGGCUGCGGUGGCUGCACCAGCCACGUUCAUUCCUUCCCUG